AGACCCAUGAUCCCGGCGAUCGUGCGCGUCGUGCUCGACGAGGGCGAGGUCAAGUGCGUGCCGCUGACACCGGAGACCACUGCGCGUGACGUCAUCGAGUGCUGCCGCGACCCGGACGAGCCCUUCUGCACGCUGACACAGACCACUCGCGACGGAGAGAGGGUCUUGGCGCUGCACGAGCGGCCUCUUCUGCUGAUCCAGGGCCAGCAGGAGGUCGGCGAGCGGGUCACCUUUGUGCUCCGCUACGACAUGACACAGGACGUCCGAGAGGACACCGGGUCGGCAGACGAUGGAAUGAAGGGGCCGCAGCCUGCCUCGACUCAGCUACCGGACGGCGUCGAACUGACUCUCUCGGAGCUGCGAGAGAUGGCCGGCAGGCAGCAGCAGCAGAUUGACGACCACCAGCAGCAGCUGGUGGCCAAAGAGCAGCGGCUCAAGUACCUCAAACAGCAGGAGAGCCGCCACCAGGCGAUGAACUCAGAGACGGAGCGACUGCGCCGGCUGCGGGAACGGGUCGAGGCGCAGGAGCUGAAACUGCGCAAACUGCGGGCGCUGCGCGGUCAGAGCGAGCAGCAGAGGGUCAACAACAACGCACUGAGUGUUGACCUGGAGAACAUCCGCGCGCUGUUUAAUGAGAAGGAGAAGGAGCUGUCGCUGGCGGUGGCCCGGGUGGAGGAGAUGACCCGGCAGCUGGAGGAGGUGCGACGCGGCAGGGAGCUGCGCCAGGGACCGCAGGGCGACACACACCGGGAGCUGGAGAAACUGCGACGGGAACUCAUGUACCGGAACAAGCUGAACGAGCAGCAGCACAGCCAGCUGGCCAGCCAGACGGAGACGCUCGGUCAGCGGCGAGACGAGAUGGCGCGCAUCGACCAGCGCAUCGCCGAACUGCAGCAGCGGCUCCACCGCAAACGGGUGCACAACCAGCAGCUGGCCUCGCAGCUGCACGCCGCCAGCGCCGCCAAGCGGCAGGUCCGGCAAACGUCGGCCAAGACGCUGCCGGCGCCGGCGCCGCUGCGAACCAAAGAUGACAUGGGCAGCGAGCCGGCCGACUUUGGGCUCAACAAGAGCGACCCCAAGUACCAGACGCUGCCGUACAACACCAAGUUCCACAUGAAGGAGGCGGGCGUGCCCGACAGGCAGGAGGAGCCGGAGCCAGCGGCGGCGCCUCCUCCCGGACCGCGGCCGGCCGGUCCUCGAGCACCGCCGCUAGGGGGCACCCUCAGUCAGGGCGGCCCGCUACCGCAGACCAUCCUGCCGCAGCCCUACGGCCAGCGACCACCGACGCAGCCACCGCCGGCGCGAGCCUCUGGUCUACCCCGGCCGGUGGCGCCGAGCGUCUCCGCCAACACCUCCAGCUCAGCGCGACUGCAGGGAGGCGCGGCGCCACCGCUGCCCAACAACCUACACGCGGACCCGGCAGAGGUGAACGGCGAGCGUCCGCUGCUGCCUCCCAAACCGGCCUCUGGGCCUCCCCCGUCCAAACCGACCGCCAGCCGACUGAACGGGGAGACAGUACCCGAGGCGCCGCCGCCGGCAGGUCUUACCGGAGACGUCAGUCAGGUGUCAGUGCGAGGAACGCAGGCCAAGGGGCCGCCGCACCCCUACAGAUACGCCAGCCGCAGUCAGAUCGCCAGCACGUACACCAACCAGCACCGGCCAGAGAACGGUCAGCUGCCGCAACAGCAACAUCAGCAGGAACAGCAGGAACUCAUCAACUCGUACCAGCAGCACCUACAGCAGCAGCAGUUCCAGAAACAGCAACAACUCCAACACCAAUUCCAGCAGCAGCAACAGCAGCAGCAGCAGCUUCAACAGCAGAAGCAGCUUCAACAGCAGAAGCAGCAGCAAGAGCUGCAACAACAGCAGCAGCGACAGCAGGAGGAACAGCAGCGGCUGCAGCAGGACCAGCAGGUGUCUCAGCAGGACCAGCAGCAGCAGCAGUCGGCGCGGAAGGCCGCCGGGGACUCGUCGGACGACUCUCCGCCGGUGCGGGUCAGCAUCAACAGCCGGAUCGCCAUGCCGCCGGCCUACAUGUUCCCGCAGCUGGCGCCGGAGAGCUCGGCACGCGCCGCCGACCCGGCCGACGGCGCUACGGACCGCAACGACAACCCUGUGGAUGAGGUGGACCGCGCGCCGGCGGCCGACCGCCGCCUGAGGCUGGGCCAGGAGCAGCUCGCCGUGCUGCAGCAGCAGCAGCAGGUGAAGGAGCAGGUGAAGGAGCAGCAGCAGAAGGAGCAGGAGGCGAUGGAUCUGGACGCCAACCUCAACCCCGCCGAGAACGGAUCACACA